GGGCGGGGUUACAUGUCGAGCAAGGCUUGCCCGGUCACCUGUCUCAGCUGUCAGCUGUGCUAGAUCUUAAAGAUGGCAGGAAGUAAGUCUUACACUAUAGUAGAAUAUUUUGGUGGAGAAGACGGCUACCGCUGUGGUUACUGUAAAAGCCAAACGGGAAACUUCUCUCGUGGGAUGUGGUCCCACACCAUGACAGUACAAGACUACCAAGACCUCAUAGAUCGAGGAUGGAGAAGAAGUGGGAAAUAUGUUUACAAACCCAUAAUGCAGAAGACAUGCUGUCCACAGUAUACCAUCAGAUGCCACGCUCUGAAAUUCCAGCCUUCCAAAUCCCACAAGAAAAUCCUGAAGAAGAUGAACAGAUUUAUAUCCAAAGGGGAGCUGCAAAAGGGGCAGGAAGAUUGUGCAGGUGAGCCAAUGGACUCUGUGUGUGAAGAGGCAGGACCACAGGAACUGAGUAAAGUACAUUUGAAGUGCACCGCUCUCACAGACAUUCAGAAGGAUGCUACAGAGUUUCCAUCUACCACAGAAGUUCAGAAGGAGGCAGCAGAUGCCACACCUACAGGCUCGCAAACAUCACAAAAUGAUCCAGUGUCUGUCCCAGCUGGGAGAACAGCAUCCACAGCUCCCAAACCAGGGAAUGGAGCCGAUCCUAGCCGCCCGCUGUGUAGGAAGGCCAAAGAGUUGAGGAAAGAGCGGCGUCUUCAGAAAGAACAAAUGAGGCAAAAUGGCGACGGUGUUUCUUCCACUGUCUCUCCUACCCAACCCACUCCUAGUCAGAACAACCAAUCAAAAACAUUGGAAGACUUCAUCAGCGAAUCAUUGCCUGAAAACUCUGCUCAUUGCCUUGAGGUGAGGCUAGUGCCAGUGAACUUUGAGGACCCUCAAUUCAUGGCGUCGUAUCAGCAGUCGGCAGCGCUGUACGCCCAAUACCAGAUGGCCAUUCAUGGUGAUGACCCCAGCGAAUGUAGUGAGAGUGAGUUCAAGAGAUUUCUCUGUGAUUCACCACUAGAGGCAGAAUACGCUCCAGAUGGGCCUGAGGUGGGCUACGGCUCCUUCCACCAGCAGUACUGGCUGGAUGGACGUAUUGUGGCAGUGGGGGUGAUUGAUAUCCUGCCUACCUGUGUGUCCUCCGUCUACUUGUACUACCAUCCCGACUUUAACUCACUGUCUCUGGGCUCCUACUCUGCUCUCAGGGAGAUCGCUUUUACCAAGCAGCUGCAGAAACAGUCUCCCAAGCUGUCCUACUACUACCUGGGCUUUUACAUUCACUCCUGCCCCAAGAUGCGGUAUAAGGGGCAGUACCGGCCUUCUGACCUCCUGUGCCCAGAAACCUAUGUCUGGGUAUCGAUAGAGCGAUGCAUCCCCCUUCUUGACAACUCCCGCUACGCUCGUUUGAACCAGGAUCCUGAUUUAGGAGAUGCUCGGGCCGUGAGGGAUUUGGGCAGAGCUCUGGUGCUAUACAGACGGACUGUCAUGCCCUAUGCAGCCUACUCCCGCAAACGCAAGGGCUCCAGCGACGAGAUGGAGGUGCAGCAGUACGCCAGCUUGGUUGGCCAGGACUGUGCCGAAAGGAUUUUGCUUUAUCGCUCGUAAACACAACGCAUCAUAUUACCUUUGAAUAAACGUAAAUACAUACUCCCUCGUCUGUUUCUGUAUGUCGCUGUUUAUGAAAGUGCUUUCUGCCGCCUGUCCACGUAGUCUCACCGUGCUUACCCUCCUGUAUAUGCUGACCAUGCAGCAGCCGAUGGCAAUCUACUGCAUGUAUGGCCUCAUUCACUUAUUCAUUUAUGAGUUAUAUUUUUUUAAUCUGUGAACACUGCAGCACUGUUCUGGGUUCUUUCUUUUUUUGUGUGCACCAUUUUUGAUUUACUACAUGGACAAGUUUAUUAAAUGGUAUUUUUACUUUAUGUAGCAGGGGUGCAAAGGUACACAGAAUUCAGUUUUGUAGGAAACUAUUUGGAAUAGAUUCAGUGUAUUUGCAGUACAGCAGAGAACAGAAAAAAAUGUUAUUCUUUUAUUUUCAAAAACUUUUCUAAAAUUUCAACAUAAAAAUUCAAAAGUUCCUAAUUUGCUGUAACUUUUUUAACAAUUUAAUGUUGCAUAUGGUCAAUGAGAAGAAACUCAAUUAGAAAAUAGCAGCCAGCAGAGUAACUGCAGCUACACUGCUGCCUUUCUCUCUUAUGUCACACCGUGGGACGCAACCAUCUUGAUUAAUAAAAACAGUCAGUUUAAGCUCAUCUUGUAAUAAAUUUGCUUUACAUCUGCUAUAGCUGAGGUACAGCAACUGGUGCAAUACAAACAAAAAGGAAAAAAAAAAAAAAACGGGUCUAGACAUAAACAGAUGAGCCAAAGAAAAAUUCAUACUGAACAGACUGACUAAUGUAAUCAUAUUCAUGUACCCUUACGCCCCUAUCACAUAUCCUCCCUUUGACUUUUUUUCUUUCUUUUUGGCACCUCUCUUAAUUGUGUAUGCUUCAGUGCUGAUCUGAAAGAGUGUUUGACUGCACCCGGGUUUGUAUCAACAUCGCCACUGACACUCGCUAAGCAUGCUCUUUUUUUUUUUGAAUGCCUGGUGAUUAAAACAUUUUCUUUUAUUAUUAUUGUUAUGAUUAUUUGCAUAAACUGCGUCCCAAAAAAAUUCACCUCAGCAUUGUAAAGAUUUUAUCACUUGAGUUCAUGCUUGAGGUCAAGCAAACAAGACAUUGUUUUCAAUACUUUUGAUUUUAAGUGUUGCUUUUCUUUUCCUUUUAAUAUUGACUGUUAUUUUUGAUUAAGUUGAAUAAAGGAGUUACAGCCUCCCUGA